AUCGGAGCGACAGCCCGGAAGGAAGUAGCGUGCGAGAGGCGUGGUGGUUUCUGCGGUUGCACGGGGGUUCGGACGAGUACGGAGCGCCCAGAGGGACAGUCUGGAUAAAAGUUCACUGAUGGCUCAGUUGGGAGCAGUUGUGGCUGUGGCUUCCAGUUUCUUUUGUGCAUCUCUCUUCUCAGCUGUGCACAAGAUAGAAGAGGGACAUAUUGGGGUAUAUUACAGAGGCGGUGCCCUGCUGACUUCGACCAGCGGCCCUGGCUUCCAUCUCAUGCUCCCUUUCAUCACAUCAUAUAAGUCUGUGCAGACCACACUCCAGACAGAUGAGGUGAAGAAUGUUCCUUGUGGGACUAGUGGUGGUGUGAUGAUCUACUUUGACAGAAUUGAAGUGGUGAACUUCCUGGUCCCAAAUGCAGUGUAUGAUAUAGUGAAGAACUAUACUGCUGACUAUGACAAGGCCCUCAUUUUCAACAAAAUCCAUCACGAACUGAACCAGUUCUGCAGUGUGCACACACUUCAAGAGGUCUACAUCGAGCUGUUUGAUCAAAUUGAUGAAAAUCUCAAAUUGGCUUUGCAACAGGACCUCACCUCCAUGGCCCCUGGGCUUGUCAUCCAAGCUGUGCGGGUGACAAAGCCCAAUAUCCCCGAGGCAAUCCGUAGAAACUACGAGUUGAUGGAAAGUGAGAAGACAAAGCUUCUCAUUGCAGCCCAGAAACAGAAGGUGGUGGAGAAAGAAGCUGAGACGGAGCGGAAGAAAGCCCUCAUUGAGGCAGAAAAAGUGGCUCAGGUUGCUGAAAUCACCUAUGGGCAGAAGGUGAUGGAGAAGGAGACUGAGAAGAAGAUUUCAGAAAUUGAAGAUGCUGCAUUUCUGGCCCGGGAGAAGGCAAAGGCGGAUGCUGAGUGCUACACCGCUAUGAAAAUAGCCGAAGCCAACAAGCUGAAGCUGACCCCUGAAUAUCUGCAGCUGAUGAAGUACAAGGCCAUUGCUUCCAACAGCAAGAUUUACUUUGGCAAAGACAUUCCUAACAUGUUCAUGGACUCCGCAGGCAAUCUGGGCAAGCAGUUUGAGGGGCUAGCUGACAAGCUGAGCUUUAGCUUAGAAGAUGAGCCCUUGGAGGCAGCCACUAAGGAGAACUGAGAAAAAAUAAUUUUAUACAACCUCAGAUGACACUUAAGAUCUUUAUUUUUUAAGAUGAACCGAAAUGUUUCUCGCUCCCAUACUACCUUCUUUGACUCUCUUCAAGCUACUAUGGUGAAAAAAAAUGGACUUAAAUCUACUCCCUUCCCAGGAAAGGAGGGUGGGGAUUGAUGAUUCGGGGUGUUAUUCAGGUAAGUAGGUUAUGUGACUUCUGAUAAGAUUUGUAAAUCAUGGGUUUGACCUCUGACUUCCAGACACUAAUUUUGUCCUUUGAAGCUGGCUUGAUUAGGGAUGCUAUCAAUAAGGAGUGGAAGAAAGGCAGAGUGCUGCCUCCACGUGGUUUGAUUUCCCUUAUUUGGGAAAAUGCAGUCCAGUGUUCUCACCCCUGCCUCCAAGGUGGGAGAUGUCUGUGGGUGAGGCUCAGCAACUGAGCAAAUAUGUGCUUGUGAGUUUGCCAGGAAGGCUGUGGAGAAACAGCUACAGAAAAUGUUUGACCUUCCUGGCAUUUUUGUCAGCACAUGUUUGAGUUAUUUCAGAGGCGUGCUUUCUUGAGCCCUCAUAAGGAAGUACUGGUGCUAGGUUUUGCAAGAUUUUCUAUACACUUCGCUACUUGCCCUAGGACUCAGAGUGGUGGUUUCUGGCUCCAUUUCUAGAGUCAGAACUUGGUCACUACCACAUAAUUCUUUUUAAACUUUUCACCUAUGAUUUGGUUUUUUCCUUCACAAUCUGUUCAUUGGUUCCACUCAGCAUCAAGAAGACAGGAACAAACAACUCAAGUGUCUUAAUAGCUGCUGAAAUGAGAGCCUUAUACCUAUUAGCCCCUGCUGUGGCUCAGCAGUGCAUAGUUCAGCAGAGUAUGAAGUGUCUAUUUAUCAUUGUGGAGAUUCUACAGUGAAGAGCUCUGACACGGUGUAUGAAGAGAAAAGAAGGGUUGGCCAAGAGAUGUCCUGGUCUGUGACUUCCAAGCCCUUAGCUUGUGCUGGAAGUUUUUCUGACAUCAUGACAAAAGGGAGCCUACUGAGUAGCCUGUGUUUUUAAACCCAGGGCUCCGAGCAGCCACACAGGGCUCAAACUGAAUGUUUACUCUCCAGAGACAGCUCCAUAAAGGCAAGUCAGAGUUCAUGCCCAAGUCCCUGGGCUGAAAUGACUGCCUCAGAAUCUGUUCAGAAUGUUUUCUUUUUCAUUACUAGCCAGGAAAGUUUUGAGUCACCCUGGAAGAUUCGGGAUGGGAAAAGCAAACAUGAAAGAAAGGUUGUUCUUAGGUCCUGAAAUUGAAAUUGGGGAUUGGGGGUAAGAGUAGGGGUCCAGCCUGUACAGCCCAUGAGUUGUGUACAGAAUUGUUAAGUGGAGGGCAGCAAUCUGUAGUUAAAGUGCAAACAUAAUGGUAGCCUCCAUGACCAGCUCUGGCUUAUGAUUUGGCCUUGUUAUUAGCUGUCUUCCACCCAAAUAAAACUCCUACUGUACCCCUCUUCCCUGGGUGAAUCUAUGAAUGGUACUUUCUGGCACAAAUCCCACCUCAUUUUUGGUCCCAUGCCCAGUCUUUUUGGUUUAUCACAUAGUCCCUGAACUUGAACCAGCUUGCUCAGGAGUUUGCGGGGGCAUUUGGUCUACCUAGAAAGAGGCAGUGUUAAAAUGUUGCUCUUUCUGUUCUGAUUCCUGUGACUUUGAAUUCUCAAACUACUCGUCCUGGUCACCCUUUGUACAGGCAGCAAAAUGUCGCUGGGAGUGAUAGAUUUUAGUGUGCUCAAGAGUCCUUGCAGAAAGUGGUCAGUCUCUCAAAACCAGCAUAGGAUAUCCAUUGUUAAAAUGCAUUCUUCUUUCUCCUGCUUCAAUUCUAUUAAUCACUUGUUAGGAGCAGCAUCACAUGCCCAGCACCCGUCCCCAUAUAUGUCUGCUCCUUAUACUCUAAACUCUUGCUGCCUGGGCCUCAGAAAACACAUAUUUGCCACAAAAGAAUCAGGAGCUGGGCUAUCUCCACCUUUCUGAUUUACUUAGGCUCUCAACUUGAAAGCUUCUCUGGUACUAACAUCCUGUGAUAGCUUGGCCCUUGACCACAAAAGAGCCUUCAAGAGUAAAGUCCUGCUUCCACCCCAUCACCACAUUAAUGUCACUUCCUCUUGAAACAAAAAAUAUAAAUGUUGUCAUAACCAUCAGCGUAAAUCCAGUGGUUAUGUGUACCUGUCUGAACAGUAAAAUCACGGAAGUCAGGUUUCUCCUUAGCAUAGGACAACUAACCCUUCUGUCGUUGUGACCUUUUUUUAACACUUACUAGAAAAUCUGAUUUUAAAACAUCUGAAUUCUAAACAUGUAAAAUGUGAUAGCCUGCAAUUUUGCAGGCAGUGAAGUAAUGGCUGCUAUUUAUAAGUGGAACUUCUAUUAAAAUAAGUAAUUGUUUAUAAAAUUCAGUUUUUGUAGGAUUUUUCCAAGGAAAAGUCACCUUGGUUGAAUGUUUCUCUCUCAUUAAACUUUGCAGAAGUAAUUCA